UAUCAACUAGGAGCAAUCGUACAAAGCGACCAUGUCGAUAAGUAUGCCAUGGGAAAACCAGCAACACAGCCUAACACACCACCGAUUUGUCUCUUCGCAGAGUCUUAGAAAAAAGGAAGUCCUUUCCAUCACAAACACCUAUUCGUUUUCUUUUUGCUUUUCUCUCUCUUUUCCCGUCCACCUUCUUCUUAUUCGAAUUUUCCUUCUUACGCCAAGGCAACUAGAUUAUGUGCACCAAGUUUAGUUCUUGACAAAUUAGAUUAGAGACAAAAAAAAAACCAAAAAAUGCUGUCAAAAUCCCCAGUAACCCGGCUACAACAACCUCCUGUUGCGCCCAAUUCUUUGUUACUUCGUCAUAACAGGGACUUUUACAAGUUUGGGUAUUCUACAAAGAAUUUUUCAGAGCAUCACCAUCGGUUCAAGCUUGUGGGGCAGUCUUUGGGAGAUAAAUGGAAGCUGAAUGACAUAAAUGCUAAUACAGUGCAAGAAAGAUUGAACUUGUGGCUAUUGAAGACCCAAAACUUUUUGAAUGAAAUGACUUCUCCACUUACAAAAACUGGUCAAAGUAGAAAGCUUGAUCAUGGAAAUACUUUUGAUGCUCACGAUAUGGAGGACAUAUUUAUGGCCGAACAGACUCUUCAAAGCAGAACACCAAAUGGGAUGCUCUCUUUUGCUGCUGUUGUAUCUAUUGAGCAAUUUAGCAGGAUGAAUGGAUUGACAGGGGAAAAAAUGCAGAAAAUAUUUAGAGCGCUUGUUCCCGAAUCUCUGUAUAAUGAUGCCCGUAAUUUGGUCGAGUAUUGCUGCUUCAGGUUCCUGUCAAGGGAUAAUUCUGAUCUUCAUCCUUCUCUCAAGGAACCGGCAUUCCAAAGACUGAUAUUCAUUACAAUGGUUGCAUGGGAGAAUCCUUACCUUGAGGAGCUUGUAAAUGCUUCAGAGAAAGCUUCUUUCCAGGGGAAACUUGUCAGAGAAGCAGCUUUUGUUCGUAUAGCUCCUGCUAUUUCUGGUGUAGCUGAUCAGCCGACAGUGCACAAUCUAUACAAGGCACUUGCUGGUGAUGAAGAGGGCAUCUCUUUGAGAGUGUGGCUGACUUAUAUUAGUGAACUUCUCAAAGUGCAUGAAGGACGGAGAUCCUACCAAAUUCGAGAAUAUCCCCAGCUGUAUGAGGAGAGAAUCUUAUGCAUUGCUCCCAGCAACAAGCGACCUGUUCUUAAAUGGGAGAAUAAUAUGGCAUGGCCAGGAAAACUUACCCUAACUGAUAAAGCAAUCUAUUUUGAGGCAAUUGGAUUAUCGGGGCACAGAGAUCCCAUUAGACUGGAUCUUACCAGGCAUGGGCUACGUGUAGAGAAAGCAAAAGUUGGACCUUUUGGAGCUGUUCUCUUUGACUCUGCUGUCUCCAUUACCUCUGAUACCGAGUCGAAAUUAUGGGUCCUGGAAUUUGUUGACUUGGGUGGUGAAAUGAGGCGAGAUGUAUGGCAUGCUUUUAUAAGUGAAGUUAUUGCUUUACAUAAGUUCAUACAUGAUUAUGGACCUGAAGAUGAUGAUGAAUCAUUGUUUCAUGUGUAUGGUGCUCAAAAAGGGAAGGGACAAGCUACCACUGGUGCCAUUAAUAGUAUUGCCAGACUACAAGCCCUUCAAUUUAUGCGGAAGUUAUUAGAAGAUCCCACUAAACUUGUUCAGUUCUCAUAUUUAGAAUAUGCACCUUAUGGUCAUGUUGUUUUCCAGACUCUAGCUGUAAAAUAUUGGGGUGGACCACUAGUUACAAAACCUAUAGAGGGAGGCAAUCGACCAACUCAGGGGGUAAGGCCUUCUGAGGAGGUAUUGGAGUGUAGUAACCAUGUGUUUGACAUAGAUGGAAGUGUUUACUUGCAGAAGUGGAUGAGAUCUCCAUCAUGGGUUUCUAGUGCUUCAACUGCUUUCUGGAAAAGCUCUUCAGUAAGACAAGGAGUGGUACUGAGUAAAAACCUAGUUGUGGCUGAUAUGACUCUUGUAGAAAGGGCAUCGGAAACAUGCAAACAAAAAUACCAUGAUGUUGAGAAAACCCAAGCCACCAUUGAUGCUGCAAUGCUUCAGGGGAUACCAAGUAACAUUGAUCUUUUCAAGGAACUUAUGCUUCCUCUAACAAUAAUUGCCAAGAAUUUUGAAAAACUUAGGCGCUGGGAAGAGCCACACAUGACUGUUUCUUUUCUUGCAUUUGCGUAUACGAUGAUUUUCAGGGGCUUGCUGUCAUAUAUUUUUCCCAUAGCCUUGAUUGUAAUGGCAGCUGGAAUGCUAAUAUUGAAGGGACUGAAGAAGCAAGGUCGCCUAGGAAGAUCUUUUGGGAAAGUUACCAUCCGUGAUCAGCCUCCAUCAAAUACUAUUCAAAAAAUUAUGGCUGUAAAAGAUGCAAUGCGGGAAGUGGAGAGCCAUCUGCAGAAUCUUAAUGUCACAUUACUAAAGCUACGUACAAUUCUCCUCUCAGGUCAGCCUCAGAUAACCACGGAGGUUGCACUGGUGCUGUUAUCUUCUGCAACCAUUCUACUUCUUGUCCCCUUCAAGCAUAUCAUUGCCUUCCUUCUCUUUGAUAUUUUUACACGGGAGCUCGAGUUCAGGAGGGACAUGGUUAAGAGAUUCAUGAGUCUUUUGAAGGAGCGUUGGGACACCGUGCCUGCAGCCCCUGUAGUUGUAUUACCAUUUGACGGUGAAGAAUCCAGAUCAAAAACUAAAACAAAGGAACCCAAGGACCAAGAAAAACCAGAAAGAAGUCUGAAAAAUGACAAGGUCUAGAUGGAUUGGGAGACCUGCAUAUAAAGGGUAGUCUUUUCAUUAAAGGAUCUAGUUACUAGUUCUAGAGAAAAGAAAAUAUAAUCCCUUUUCACAUUUCAGUUUUCUGUUUUGAGGUUCUUUGUACAGGAAUUGGAGUACAUUAUGUUAAUUUUGUUCCUUUAUAAUGUAUUAUUUGAUUAUAUAGUUUA